AUGAACGAACAAACCUUCGUUCCAGUAUCAAUGCGAGCACUCUAUUACUAUGUGGCUCCGGGAUCCCCUUCGCCGACCAAAGAAGUCUCGCGAGACGAUAUAAGCAGAGCCGGAUCCGGGGCUUCAAACAUCAGCCCCAGAAACAAAGCUUCCGAGGCAGAGCCCAGAUCAAUCUUGACUUUGGAUACUGAGUUCCAGACACCACGUCCCUCGCCUAAUCAAUACCUUCUCAAAAUCCGAACAGCAGCCUUCUGCCAGGAUGAGCUUCGUCUUGCCAAUGAGCUGAACCCACGCCCGACCACGCCAAAGAUCCCUCUCCAUAGUAUCUGCGGCACUGUCAUCACUACACCAACAGAGGAUCACACAAAAGUGAAUGGUCCGCGCUUCAAGAUCGGGGAUCAGGUCUUUGGUCUCCUGAGCUACGCCCGCGAUGGCGGCGCUGCAGACUAUGCCGUCGCCACAGAGAAUGAACUAGCCCUAAAGCCCAGUAACAUCAGCACCUACGAAGCAGCAGCCAUUGCCCUUCCUGCACUCACGGCAUGGCAAGCCCUAUUCGUCUAUGGCGGCCUAGAUACCGACUCUCCGCUAGGCGGGAUCAGGAACAUCAAUGCAAAUGGGAAUGCUAAUAACCAACAAUCCCAUUCCGAGCCCUGGAACGCAAAUGACGCCGCAAUGGAAAUGGCAACCGCGAGUGGCAGCACAGCCGGGAACAGCGCCAGCACUGGCAGCACCCACGGCCGAAAUGCUAUCCGAAACUCAAUAGCCAGCAUCAACGAGCACUUGAAUAAACGCGGCUUUUCAGAUUCCAAUGGUACCCAUGGUCCCCAGAGACUCCGCAGCUCUAUUACCCAGCUUCACGGACUCUUCACCGGAAACCGCAACGGAAAGGGCAAUGGAAGUAUCGCAGAUGGCCUCGAACAGCGAAAAGGAAGUCUACUGGCAUCAGAACGUAGCUGGCUCCUAGGCCGAAGCAGUUCAAUCUUUUCAGGGAAGAGAGGCGGUCCUGUCCGUGUACUUGUCACCAACGCGCGCGAUAGCGAGGUAGGUCGUCUCGCCGUACAGAUGCUUCGAGCGGCAAAGCUCUUCCCUGGCAUGCGGCCCUGGGUCUGUGUGACCUGUUCACCGGCUGAAGAACAGAUCGUCCGGGGAGAGUGGGAUGUAGACGGGGUCAUUGUGAUCCCGCACCUCCCAGCUGAGAAUGAAUGUGCCAUCGGACCGGAGUUCCGACGCAUGAAGUGGGAACCUGUUGAUCUGGUGCUUGAUUGUACGGGUGGUGAGGUCUUUCGACAGGCUCAUUGUGCUGUUAGGGAUCAUGGGACUGUUCUUACAGCUGUGGAUCCGGGCCCGGCGCUUGAGAGAGAGGGUGAUGACAAACAGGAUCUGUUGGGAAGGAGGAAGAGGGGUUUGAGAAGUAGAUUUGUGCCUGUGAAUCCGGAUGCUAAGGCCUUGGAGAGGAUUGUGGAGCUUGUCGAGGGGAACAUGGUUCGAGGGAGGGAGGAGCAGGUUGUCGAUAUGGUACAUGCGGCGCAGUUGCUUGAUGGUGGAGCUGCUGGUCUUGCUGGGAGUCGACGGGGUGGAAUGGUGGUGGUGAGGAUCAAUCCUUGA